AUAGACGUCCUUGUCAAGUACCGCCAAUCUUGAAGAGUUUUGCAGUUAACCGUGUUCUCCGUUCCUAAAGUCUAUAUAUGUGGGGAGCUAAACUGUAUUCUCCUAAACUUUUGUCUAAAUGACAAUUUAUAACUUUUAUUCAUGUCGGCAUGACGGGAUCGACGGAUAUAAAAUCUGAACGCUCAUGGACUCGUGGGUUAGUGUGUACUUGUAACGACAACUCUCAUUGCGUUAAACCAAAUUACCGAUCUGAUAAGAAGAGGAGAAGCAUAGGAAACUGUACUGUCUACUCUGAUGGUCGUUGUUAUGCUGCGAGAGUUAUUAAUCUGGAGGCAUUAGGACGUUAUCUUAGGUCUCAAGUACGAUCGUCAGCUGGAAGUCAAAUCCAUUCACCACCAAGUGUAAACGUCAACCCAGGAAAUUUAAACAAGUUUAUUCGUUUGAUAUAUGGUUGUUUUGAUUCACAUGAUAAAACAACACUAGCUUGUAAUAGCCAUCUUACUAAGCAUGCUGUCCCUCAAGCUAUUGAAUGUUGUAACUCUAGUAAUAUGUGCAAUGCUCACUUAUUUCCCAGGUUUAUACACCAUGAAACGGAUUUAGAUGCAGUGAAAACAGCUUUGGAACAUUUCGAGAAGACUGGCCUCUGGAGAGAAGAAUCCAAUACUAAUGGAAAUAUCCGUGUGCGACCAUAUAUGAACGUUGGUCCUGAUAUGUUGAUCGGUGGUUCUGCUCUGGGAAACCUGCCCCACAACAAAGUGCGGAUGCAAAAACUGUGGAAAGAUCGAAUCAGUUCAGAGGACAAAAUGCAGAACCUUUUUCAGAUCGUAUUAAUUGCUACCUUCAGUUUAGUGUUCGUUGUACUUUCUCUUGCUUUUACAACCGUCUGCUGUGCAUACAAGCGUCGCAAGCAGAAGACGAAAUUACGCCUGUCUACCAUAAAUAUUGAAGGCUCUUCUGGGAUGAAGCUUCCAGAGGUGGAAACAAUGUGUGACUCCAAGUCUUUGCACAGAUUCUCGCAUAGGGACUUAAAAUCAAUGCAUUCAAAUUCUGCAAAGUUUGAAAAGCUAUAUAAAACAAAGGAUGGCUCAAGUCCUCAUACACUGCUGACCGAUCUGACACACAACUUUUGCAGUGGUACAGCCACUAAUCAAGCAUCAGACAACCUCAUAUCCCAAAACAAGUUCUUACAUCUGAUUCCUCAGACAGUUGGGAGACAAAUAACUUUGGAGAAUCUUCUGGGUACUGGGCGUUUUUCGGAUGUUUGGAGUGGUACUUGGAAAGGAGAAAAAGUUGUUGCAAAGCUUUUUCGACCAAACAAUCGAAUUACUUGCAACAUAUGGCACCGCACUGUUUUGUUACAUCGUUCUGUGUUGCUUAGGCAUCAAAGGGUUCAUGGUUUGAUGGCUGUGGAUUGGCUCAAUUAUCCUAUGGAAGUGCAUUUACCAAUCCUCAAACGAUACUUUUCAGAACUACCUUUAGCUGUUUCAUCACCAUGUGCUUUACUUGUUGGAGAAGCAUGCGCUUAUGGAACCUUAAAAGACUUCCUGUCGAACGGUGACUGGAAUGUUGAUUUCCCCAGUUAUUUGGCUGACAAUACCGACCUUGAAAACUGUGAUGUGAUAUCAAAUCAGAACUGUCGGUUCUCUGCUGCAAACAAUGGAGGCGGCAUUCGCUUGCGCAUACUACUGGAAAUUACAAACAGCUUAGUUCAAGGACUGUGCUUUUUACAUUCAGAAUUUGCUGGCACACGAGGGAAACCAGCUCUUGCUCAUCGUGAUCUAAAACCAUCCAAUAUAUAUGUUCGUUCGGAUUGGUCAUGUUGUAUUGGGGAUAUUGGAUUAAGUGUUCGAUUACCACCAUGUCCUUUCCCAUUUUCUGUAGACCAGUUACAUAAACUUUAUCAUUAUUACACAGAUUAUACAACGAAAUAUUUACAUUUGAAUAACUGUCCAAAUGAAAAUCAUACACCUUCUGAACAAGUUGAUAUUUUUCCAUUCAAGAGUCAAUCACUUGACACUACUAAAAUAAAUUUCUUGAAAGAGACUGUCCGUGGAGAUCAGUUGAAUGAACCUUGUAGUCAGACUUCGGGAUUACUGGAUAAAUGGAAUUUUGAUAAGUUGGAACUUUUAGAGUGGUGGCCAAUAGGAGGAAUACAAAUUGGGACACCUCGAUACAUGGCUCCAGAAUUGCUUUCCAAAUCGAUCAAUCCAUUUUGCUUUGAAUCCUAUCAGAAAUCUGACAUAUACGCAUUAGCUUUAAUUUUAUGGGAAGUUGUUAAUUGGGCUCUUCCCAAGUCUAUUUGGCCAGGCCAAGAUUUUUCCGAUGUAAAUUCCAUACCUAAUGAUUGUUCAUUGUCUAGAAGGCGGUCAUCAGUUGAUUCAAUGAGUUUGACAUAUUCUGAUUCAUCAUUUAUAUCUAAAUCGCAAGAAAAUAAGUACUCCCCAGUUUAUCAAAAUGAAUGGAUUAAUUUCACAAAAUGUUCGCUCAAUAAUAUUAAUGGAUAUAACAUAAAGUCAAAUUGCAAUUCAAACCCACAACUUUGUCAGGCUACAUCCCUUUGUAAUUAUACUCCUGGAUCUUUGGCCAAAUCUAAAUGCAUCAAUACAAUAGAUGCAUCACAGUGCAUAGUGAAUGAAAUUUCAUUAGAUGAACAAUUGAAAAAUAAAGAACCAGACUUGGGGACAAUGUAUUAUUUAGUGUGUAAACAACAAUUAAGACCACGUAUACCAACAUCUUUUCCCAUCAAUAUAACUAAUGAAACAAAGAUAAUAGAUGAUUAUUCUCAUCAAAAUAUUCAAUCAUUUUGUGAAAUGCUAACUAAAAAUAUUGUGCAGUUACAUAAUAAUGUUAAUAAUAAUAAUAAUACGGUGGAUAUAUUUCAUGUAAAUAAUAAAUUAACUUCUGCAAUUUGUCGAGAAUAUUCAUCUUCAGGCGCUUCUUCACUUCAAAGUCAUCAUACAGAUUUGAAUUCCAACAGUAAAGAACCACCACCUGAUCCAAAUAAGUUAAGAAUUAUAAUGUUGCAAUACUUAAUUGCAGGUCAUUUCGCUAUGCUAUUACCAGAAUGUUGGACAACCGAACCAGAUUCACGUUUAUCAGCUCUACGUAUUAAGAAACGCUUACAGAGUAUUUAUGAAUUAAUCAAUAAGUUUAUGAAUAAGUCAACAGAGUUUACUAACAUAACGGGAAACAUUAUGAAUGAAAAUUCUAACUAUAGUAAAGCUAUUCUAAUAUGUACAAAUGAUGUCUCAACUCUUGUAAAUAGAACUUGAUAACAGAAGAAUAUAUUAUUAUGAAAAUAAUAUUACUUAUUUUUUAAAUUUGUUUGUAUUAUCUAUUACUUGUUCAAAAUCUUGUUUGUCACACUAUUCAAAUUGCUGACUUACGGCUUCAUGAAUAAUGAUAACAACAAUAAUGAUCAAAAUAAUAAUGUUUUUUUAUUACCAGUACACAUCUUACAUCUUUAUUUUUUGUAUAUACAACAGAUAUGCAAUCAAUGACUAUCAAUUCACAUUGUUGGGUAUAUUCUGAGUAUUUUGUUUUCUUUUGCAUAAUUUCUCUCAUGACAAAGUUAUUUGUUGGUGUAUAUACUUUUUCAAUAUAUAUGUGUCUUUCCCGAGUGCAGCUUGUGUACAAAGUUUUGUAAUUUACAAUGUGUGUUGUUAUUGUCGUUGUUGCUUCUGUUUUCUGUUCUCUUGUAUUAUCUAAUAUAUACCGUAUUAUCAAUACUACCACUAAUAAUAAUUUUAUCCCAUAUCAUUGUUUCAUCAAUAAUAGUAGUUUUGUAGACACUUGGUUUUUGUACUAAAGUACUCUAGUUUUCUUUCUAUCUUUGUUAUUCAACAUGUUUUUAUUAAGAACCUAUUUGUCUUUUUGUCAAUUUUCACCUGUUUUACAGUUGUUCAAAUAUAGUACAUUUUUUUCAAUCGAAAAGUAUAAGAAAUAAACUAAUUACUAAUUA